AUGCUUGUAGGAAUAGAAGAAGUUAAUCAAGCUAGAGCGACUACAAAUGGUUCCAGGCAGCAGAGAGAACAUGUCCAACGCACUGUGGGAGGAGGAGCCUCCACAGUGCAAAGGUCUGCAAAGCACGUCUGUGUUUGUGUGCGCAAAGAGAACACAGCACAGCUUGCAGCCAAGGAGGACGUGGUAGCCAUGGCCGUCAAAAAGUCCAAAGCAAGUGUAUACGACACUAGGUUUUCUCACAAAACCUUGCCUUUAUUGUCUCUAGGUCCAUUUAAGAAGAGAAUCUUAACACUUGCCUGUGAUGCCUGCAAAAAAGUGACACUGCAUGUUCCAGCUGAACUAAAGGCUGAGAAAUUUGUUGGUAGAGUUAACCUGAAGGAGUGCUUUAAAUCUGCAAAUGUAAUUCAGUCAAGUGAUCCUGAUUUCCAAAUCUUUGAAGAUGGUUCAGUGUAUACAACAAAAACUAUUCUGCCCUCAGAAAAGAGAGAUUUUACCAUAUUCCUUUCCAGCACUGAGAACCAAGAAGAGAGGAAAAUACUUGUCGUUUUAGAACAUCAAACAGAGUUGCUGAUAAGUCAUCCUAAAGAAAAGGUCCUAAGACGUGCCAAGAGAAGAUGGGCUCCUAUUCCCUGUUCAAUACUGGAAAAUUCCUUGGGUCCCUUCCCAUACUUUCUUCAACAGAUUCAAUCUGACACAGCACAAAACUACACUAUAUUCUAUUCCAUAAGUGGACCUGGAGUUGACCGAGAACCUGUCAACUUAUUUUAUGUAGAGAAACAUACUGGAAAUCUGUUUUGUACUCGUCCUGUAGAUCGUGAGCAGUAUGCAUUUUUUGAGCUAACUGCCUUUGCAAUAACUCCCGAUGGAUAUACUCCAGAACUUCCAUUGCCCCUACUAAUCAGAGUUGAGGAUGAAAAUGAUAACCAUCCAAUUUUUACGGAAACAUUGUAUACUUUUUCAAUUUGCGAAAGCUGCAAAGUCGGAACCAUCGUGGGACAAGUACAUGCGACUGACAAAGAUGAGCCAGACACUAUGCACACACGUCUAAAAUACACCAUUAUGGAGCAGUUACCAGCAUCACCCACCCUGUUUUCUAUGCAUCCAUCCACAGGUGUGAUCACCUUGUCAUCAUCCCAGCUAGACAGAGAGUUAAUUGAUCGAUACCAAUUGAAAAUAAAAGUACAAGACAUGGAUGGUCAAUAUUUUGGCUUGUUUACCACUUCAACUUGUGUCAUUCAAGUUGAUGAUAUGAAUGACAACUUGCCAGUGUUUACCCAGACUUCUUAUGUGACAUCAGUGGAAGAAAAUACAGUUGAUGUAGAAAUCUUACGUGUUACUGUUGAGGAUAAGGACUUGAUUAAUACUGCUAAUUGGAGAGCUAAUUAUACCAUUUUAAAGGGUAAUGAAAAUGGAAAUUUUAAAAUUGUAACUGAUCCCAACACCAAUGAAGGAGUUCUUUGUGUGGUUAAGCCGCUGAAUUAUGAAGAAAAACAACAGGUGAUCCUGCAAAUUGGGGUAGUUAACGAAGCUCCAUAUUCUAAAGACUCCACCUCCAAAUCAGCCAUGAGCACAGCGGCAGUUACUGUUAAUGUAAAAAAUCAGGAUGAGGGCCCAGAGUGCAGUCCUUCAGUCCAAGUCAUUCGAAUUAAUGAAAAUGCACCCGUGGGAACCCAGAGCAAUGGCUAUAAAGCCUAUGACCCAGAAACAAAAAGUAGCAGUGGCAUAAAGUAUAAGAAAGUAAGUGACCCCAAAGGAUGGGUGACAGUUGAUGAAAACACAGGGACAAUAAGGAUUUUCAGAAGCCUGGAUCGAGAGGCAGAGACCAUCAAAAAUGGCAUCUAUAAUAUUACAGUCCUGGCAUCAGACAACAUUGGGAGAUCAUGUACUGGGACACUGGGAAUUAUACUUGAAGAUGUGAAUGAUAAUGGUCCAUUCAUACCUAAAGACAGAGUGGUAAUCUGCAAACCUGUCAUGUCAUCCACGGAGAUUGUUGCUGUUGAUCCAGAUGACCCCAUAAAUGGUCCACCUUUUAACUUCGACUUGGAUGGUGUUUCUAAUUCAGACAGCCCAAGAAAAUGGAGACUGACAAAAAUUAAUGACACAGCAGCACGCCUUUCCUGCCUGAGUGACCUUCCAUUUGGAACAUACCCAGUACCUAUCAGAGUCACAGAUAGACAUGGCCUGUCACGUGUCACUCCUGUACAUGUUAUAUUGUGUGACUGUGUUACGGAAAAUGACUGCAUAUCGACAAUAGGUUCGAGAACUGGCAGUGGAGAAAUAAAACUUGGAAAGUGGGCCAUCCUUGCCAUCUUGUUGGGCAUAGCAUUACUAUUUUGUAUACUAUUUACCAUAGUCUGUGGGGUGACUAGGGCAUCUGAAAAGCCAAAAGUAUUUCCUGAUGAUAUAGCCCAGCAGAACCUCAUUGUGUCAAACACUGAAGCUCCUGGCGAUGACAAACUUUAUUCCACAAAUGACUUCACAUGUGCAUCUCAUGGGGCUGCAUGCAACUCUACUCAUGCAAUUUGUGGCCAGGUGGGAGCAGGAGUGAAAAAUGGAGGGCAGGAGAACAUUGAGAUGGACAGAGGGCCACACCAGACUCUAGAAUGCAACCAAAUGAGUGGGCAUCACCACACCCUGGAUUCCUGCAGAGGUGGACAGUACACCCUGGACCCCUGCAGGGGAGGUGGACAGCAGACCCUGGACCCCUGCAGGGGAGGACAAGUGGAGGUGGACCAGUGCAGACACGCCUAUACCGAGUGGCAUAGUUUCACGCAGCCCCGUCUCGGCGAAAAGGUGAAACUCUGCAACCAGGAUGUAAAACACCAGCACGCUCAAGACUACGUCCUGACCUACACCUACGAAGGGAAAGGGUCGCUGGCUGGUUCUGUAGGUUGCUGCAGUGAACGACAAGAAGAAGAGGAGCUUGAAUUUUUGAAUCAUUUGGAACCUAAAUUUAGGACAUUAGCAGAAACAUGCAUAAAAAGAUGAAUAUGUUCCAGUAAGCUACGAAAACCAGUGGCUUUUUCAACUUUUGUUUUGUUCAAAUCACACAAAACAUUUGUUUUGUUUCAGCAAAACUUUUUGUUUUGUUUUCAUGAUAAGCCAGGAUUUUUAAAGUCUAGAAGAAGUUAUAUUUAGGCCUCUCCAGCCUUUCUUUUGAUGGGAUCUCUUUUGCCAAAUGCACAUUUAGUGGCAGAGUACAUGCCCGAAUUUCCUAAGAUUUACAUAGUUUUCACUUAUUUGUAUUCCACUCAAGAAGACCUACAAAUAAAAAUAGGAGGAAGUUUGCAUUACUGUUUACAUUUGGGGAAAUGAUAAUAGCCAAUUUAUAGUGCAGGAAGCUAUUGAUAUAAUUAAUUUAAGUUUAUAGCACUACUUGAAGCACAACCUAAUAGAAAAUUAUAGAGACCUUGUGUUCACAUUAUCUCAAGUUACCUAAUUAAUUGAUUGUGUGUUGCUUGAAAUCUGUUCUCUUCACCUUCCUAAAGUUUAUAUAUCUUGUCAUGUUGUUUUAUUCUUAUAACAUGACCUUUCUACAUAAUGCAAAGGAAUCCCAGCCAGCACUGACUGUUAUUACAAUAAUUUUGCUGGAGUUUAGUUUCUAGCUUAUAUUUUUUAUGAAGUCCUGUACUGAAUUUUCAUAUCCUGUGUUACCUACCUUAUCAGUUAAAGUUAAGGUUAAAAAUGCUUUGAGAAUGUUAUUUUUCCCUGAAAGGUUUUGGUUUUCAGCAUCUCCCACUUUCUUUCCCUCUGUUUCUCCUCCUUUACUCCUCUCCCCUCUUCUUCCCACCACCCUUUCCCUCUCUUUAUUUCUGUACUUUUCAUUCUUAACAUUCCUACUUAGAUUGAAAAUCUAAGUAUCUUUAGAUUGUUUUAGAUGAUAGAAAGCAGAACUAGAUAUUUUAGAUAAUAUUUAGUUAUCUCUCUCUUUUUUUUCCCAUAAAUUGAGUUAUUCUUUUUUGUCUUAUGUAAGUGUAUGUAUACUUGGAUUUUCUUAAAAGCAGUAUAAUGUUCACUUUAUUGCUUCAGCGAUCUUGAUGAUAUCCAUUAUUGCUUCAACAAAGAACCUUAAGUUGUGCAGUGGAAACUAGAAAUAUGUCGUGCUUUUAUUAGGUACCAUAGUCUAUGUUAAUGAAAGGAAUAGUGUGAUUAAAAUUGGGAUGUGGACAUUGAAUACAUUUAAAGAUUAUGUCUUUAAUGUAAGGAUGCAAUUUAUAAAUGCAAAAUAAUGAUGGUUUUUGAAAUAAGCUUCAAAUACUGGGAUUGUGGAAACUUGCUGGGAAAAGUAAUUUCUAACUGUCUAGGUGAGAUGGCUAGUAUAUCUUUUUGUUUAUAAAGUUAUUUUUUAAUAAGUAGAUAUUUUUGAGAUUAUAGUUUUUUUAACAACUAUAGGAGUGGGUCAAAUUCUUUAAAAUUUGAAACAAUAAAAAAUGAACUUAAAUUUAACAGUCAGCCCAAUUCCAGACCAUAUUUCACAACUUAAUUCAGUCAAUGAAUAUUCUAUGUAUACUAACCAGGUGGACAUUAAAAUUGUAUUUCUCCAUUUGUACUUGUUAGGUGUGCCUACCUUGAAUUCAUAGGUUGACUUUAAAUAAUUAUUUUUAAGGAUUAACAUUAGGUUAUUAUUUAGGAAACAGUUAUGUUAUUUUCAUAACUGCUCAGUCAAAAAUACUAUUUCUCCAAGUUAUUUGUCAUAAUGAACAGAUUUUUUUUUUAACAAGUUACAAGUCAUUUGAAAAGUUUGAUAUUUUUAAAUCAUGUGCCUGAUAUGAACGUUUGGGACUGCAUUUUUCUUAGAGAACUGAAUCUCUUCCUUAGGUUCUUGUUCUACAUUUUAAAAAAUUUUACAGCUUGAUUUGGAGAGUAUGUUGGUCCAUUUGUUUUCACAUUUAUAUAAUUUUACUAUUCUAAAGACUGAUGCUAUAUUUGAGAAUUCACAUAAUUUCUGUGUUUGGGUUUGUUUUUUUUUUCUCCUUAAGAUGGGGAAUAAUAGUAGAACAUCUUUCCUAACAUGGCUGUAAGAUAUUGAAUAAAAAAUGGUUUUGAAGAAUAAAAGACAUACAG